AUGUUGAGUUCUGGCGCAGUGGUGUUUCUGAAUAGUUCACUUACGGCAAUGGAUGCAUCAACAACUGUGAAGAAUGGCCACUGUAGCAGUAAAAUGAACGGUAACCCAACCAAAAUGGUGGCAAACGGUUCUGCCGCACAGAACGUCUCGCCCAAGUUAGGAGCUCGAAGAGAGGAGGGCUCUAGAAUCCUGUCCUUGCUGAAAUUCCUAUGGUUCGUCAUAGUUUGUUUGCUGUCCUACGUGCUUCUCUUCACGUCCGUUCUGCCCUUGGUUCCACUAAUUGUGGUAUACUACAGUCUAAAGGUGAUCGAACGAUAUCUCGUCUACUGGACAUCUGGCGACCUUCACCUGAGCGGCCUGGAUGCGCUUUGGCAACAGAAAAGUGACGUGAAUCGUCUGGCGAUUACCGGAUUUUACUGCGCGGAGAACAAAACGGACUUCGAGAAAGCUCUUCGAGAUUUCCGACAAGCUGUUUUAGAUCGCAUGGUGAACGCUAAGAGGUCGGACGGAACCUUACUUUAUCCGAGGGCCCGUUGUUGCAUUCGCCCAGGCUACUUUCAGUACUUUUUUCAGGAAGACAGAUCUUUUCGCAUUGAAAACCAUGUGUUUAAGUGGGAUGGUGAAGUGCCCUCUUCCAGAGAGGAGUUAGAAGGGAUCGUUUCUAAGCUGAGUAAUGAACCCUUUAAAGAAGGAGUUUCCCCUUGGUAUUUCUGCUGUGUCCCUACAAAUUAUGGUGACAAGGAUUUCACGGCAAUCUUCAGGAUGUGUCACAGUGUUGCAGAUGGUGUGUCCUUGACAAGGUUCCUUAUAACUCAGCUACCGGAUCAAUCAAAAAAUGAGAAGGAGACUAAGAAGUUUACGUCAUCAACUUCUCAAGUACCUCUCAUGGCCAAAGCAAUAUUAAGAAUGGCAUAUUCAAUGCUUAGGCUAGUUUUUGGCUUUCCCGACCAAUCCAUUCUACAUGGGCCAAAGCUGAGUGGCGUCAAAAAAGUUACCUGGAAUGAAGGAUUUGAUUUCAAAUUGAUCAAGCAAAUCAAAGCAGCCACAGGCACAACUGUCAAUGAUGUCUUGAUGUCUUGCCUCUCACGUGCAAUCAGAAGGUGCUUCCAGAGAAAGGGUGUGGAAAACCCUCCAGACUUCAAGGCAUCAAUUCCAGUAGAUGUCCGUCUUUCAGCCCCCAAGAAAGAACCCAGCUUCGAAAACAUGUUUUCUCUGGUCUUCCUUAGGCUUGCAGUUGGGACUGAAGGUGUUCUGAAUCAAUUACAAGAGACCAAAGCACGUAUGGAUGAAUGCAAAUACUCUGGUGAACCAUUAGCCACAGCCUGUGUGAUUAUGCUGUCUAAUGAAUUUUUCCCUGAAUUUAUUGUUAAGAGACUAAACACUGUAAUCACUGAGAAGUCAAGUUGUGUUUUAUCAAAUGUACCUGGUCCCCAGCAUGCCCUCUCAGUGGCUGGUCGACCUAUCAAGUACACAACAUUCUGGCCUCCUCAGAGAGACAACAUUGGAAUUGGGCUGUCCAUCUAUACCUAUGCUGGCCGAGUUAUUAUUGGAGUGCAAAGUGAUGUCAGUGUGCUACCAGAUCCACAGAUCAUUACAGAAGAGUUUGGAAAUGCUCUAAAGGAGAUGACCCAAAGUGUUCUUCAUGAUGACGUAGUCAACGGAAAUGUGAUUCGCUAG